AUGGCUCUGGACGACCGUCCGCGCGUGCCACCACCCAUCUACCUGCGUACCUCAAGCGUACAACCACAGAGCAAGGCGGGGUCUCUCUCGAUCCACGUGCCAGGAUGGGGAAUUGCGCUAGUUCGGCCGCCUAGACAGUAUGACCUACAUCCCCUCGAGGUUGGAGGAUCGUCGCGAGAACCGCCGGCAGAGGACACGGUGUUGACAGGCACGCUCGAGGUUGUCAUGAAGGAGAGAAGACGUGUGCGUACCAUUAGCAUUGGCGUGCAGAGCGUGUGUCGCAUAAAUAUGCUCGGGUCACGGGGAUGGGAGGAGGACGGCAUCUUUGAGCGCGGCGUCGAGAUUCUCGGUGGCGACCUCGAAGACGGUAUCUGGCUCGAGAAGGGGAGCCAAAGCUUCUCCUUCUCGAUCUUGCUACCCGCCACACUGGCGACGCACGACUACCACGCCUUCGGGCGCGUGUCGUAUAUCCUCACUGCGCGGGUGGAAGGGAUGCCAGCGACUGGGCGUCUCAACCAGAUGUUCAAGAGCAGGGAGAUGAUCGUACAGGGCGAUGUUCCCUUCCUCUCUGACUUCAACAUGGUCAUCGCGCGCUCCGACAAGGUUGCCUGCGAACAAGCGUUGUCGUUUGGGAAAGGCAUUGCACCAUCUAUGAGCCGGACUUCGUCACGGGACCGAUCAGACUCAAUAUCCAGCCUGGCCGCACAGGGCCUCGGCCUCGACCCCGAGGCCUCUCACGGGUCUGAUGUGGCGAUUGCGUUCGGCGACGAUGCGACAACAACGUCGACACCAUUGCGUGGGUUAUAUCACCGUCGCCGGAGUUCCAGCGUGCUCGACUCGCCAUUCAACGGGACAGUCUUGUCGCCUGGCAGCCAACCCUUGGCACUCCGCCGCGACACCGACGACCAAGGUUCGAUACGCUCACGAAGCAGCAGCGUGGACCUGACAGCGAUGAAGAGCGAGAAGGCCGAGAAGGCCGGGUGGAUGAUUGGCGACAUUUGCGGUAUCCGGGCGUUCAAGGUUCACGCGAACCCCGCGCCGACCGGCGGCGCGUACCAGCUCGAUAUACGGAAGGAAGGCUACGUCGAGGGGCUGGGAUUAUGGCGCUUCAGCGUGACAUCGGACGCGUUUAGCAUCGCCAGCGUCAUGAUGAUAAACCUGACGAUACCCGCUCCGUCGCCCCAGUGCUCAAUCUUCUUUGUGCGCCUCAUCCUGUCACAAAGCUACGUCCUCUAUUCACCGCGCACGCCCAACGAUGCACCCACCAAGGCCGAGGCGCCAAAGAACCACGUCCUGUACCAGGUUGGCCGGCCUCACCGACACGGUGAGGCGGUGCUGGACCACAGCGUCGAGGCGCUGUGGCGCGGCCCGGAGGCGGGCGGUAAGCCAGGGCCGGCCGGAUGGCGCACGCGUGCAGUAGCGCGCUUGCCGAACCACGAGAAGAUCAGACCGUCAACGAGCCCGGGCACGAUCACGCCGAUCCGCGUCUCGCACGAGUUCCUCCUGCGUGUGUUCUACUCGAUCGAGGAUGAGACCGUCACUGGCAAACCCAUCAAGGGACCAGGCGAGGUGCGCAUGUGCCAGGUGCGCCUGCCCUUGACCGUGCCAUCAUGUUUAUGCUCAACCGCGACACUCAACCUUCCAACAUACGAGUGCGCACGCGAGGCGAACAAGGGCGAGAAGGACCUGGACCCGACGAAAAUGUGCCAGUGUGGCACCUCGUUUGCGGAACUGAGCGCGGCCGCGUUGCGGCGGCCCGAGGCCGAACGGCCGGACGACUGGCCGUCUGGUAACGACCAAACCGCGCCCCCCGCAAACGCCAAGCUGCAUGAAGCGUCGCGCGAGGCGCCAGGUGGUAGGGGCUCCAGCUGA